GAUCAUUGACUGCAUAGUACUAUAAUUAUGUAAAGCAAAUUUCGACAGAAGAAAAUAAAUAUAAAAUGGCACGACUUUUCAGAAAUUUUCGCUUUGUAUUACAAGUUGUGAACAGUACAUCUCAGUCAACUAAGAGAUAUUUGCAGGCGAAUGUGACUGACAAUGCUGCGAAAGUUGGAGUUGCAGUUAAGCAUCCUGAUACUUUUGAGACCAGGAAGGACAUGCCACCAGAAGAUAUGAGACCACUGUAUAUGGAUACCCAGUCAACCACACCAUUGGAUCCGCGAGUAUUGGAUGCAAUGUUACCGUACUUUGUUGGUUCUUAUGGUAAUCCACAUUCUAGAACUCAUGCCUAUGGUUGGGAAAGUGAAGCAGCUGUAGAAAAAGCCAGAAAACAAAUAGCUGAUCUUAUAGGAGCUGAUCCAAGGGAAGUAAUUUUCACAAGUGGUGCAACAGAAUCAAAUAACAUAGCUGUUAAAGGGACUGCCAGAUUUUAUAAGUCAAAGAAAAACCAUGUUAUAACAACACAAACUGAACAUAAAUGUGUAUUGGAUUCUUGUCGAGCUUUAGAAGCAGAAGGUUUCAGAGUUACCUAUUUACCUGUACAACCUAAUGGAAUCGUUGACUUGAAGUUAUUAGAAGAAUCAAUGACAGAUGAAACAGUAUUAGUCUCUAUAAUGACCGUCAACAAUGAAAUCGGGGUCAAACAACCAGUCAAUGAAAUAGGUAAACUGUGCAGAUCAAAGAAGAUAUUUUUCCACACAGAUGCUGCUCAGGCCAUAGGGAAAAUUCCUAUGAAUGUUAGUGACAUGAAUAUUGACCUUAUGUCAAUCAGUGGUCACAAAAUAUAUGGCCCAAAAGGAGUAGGAGCUUUAUAUAUUAGAAGACGUCCCAGAGUUCGAGUUGAGGCUCUACAGAGUGGCGGAGGACAGGAGAGGGGUAUGAGGAGUGGUACUGUCCCCACCCCUCUCUGUGUAGGAAUGGGAUCAGCCUGUGCUGUGGCUAUGGAAGAGAUGGAGUAUGAUCAUAAGAGAACAGUAGAAUUAUCAAACAGACUAUUACACAAGGUACAAGAUGCUAUCCCACAAGUCAUUAGGAAUGGGGAUCCAGAUAUGACUUAUCCAGGCUGCAUAAAUCUGUCCUUUGCUUAUGUGGAAGGAGAAAGUUUGUUAAUGGCACUUAAAGAUAUUGCUUUAUCUUCUGGAAGUGCCUGUACGUCAGCAUCAUUAGAACCUUCCUAUGUCUUACGUGCCGUAGGAGCUGAUGACGACCUGGCUCACUCCUCAAUCAGAUUUGGUAUUGGAAGAUUUACAACUGAAGAAGAGAUAGAUUAUACAGCUGAUCUCACAGUCAAACAUGUUACAAGACUCAGAGAAAUGAGUCCUUUAUGGGAAAUGGUACAAGAAGGUAUUGACAUCAAGCAAAUCAAAUGGUCACAACACUGAAGAGAAAUCACAUGAUAAACAUGUGAUCACACCAUGUGACUUUCUUAAUCAUGGCAACACUCUUCAAUAGAUCAAGACAAAAUUCCACAAUGUUUAUACAGUGAUACAUAGCUACCAUGUAAAUAAUAGUUAACAACUAUAAAUGGACAAAUCUUAUUAUGCUGGUUUCAUAAAAUUUACUUGUGCUGUUAUUGCAGUUUUGUUAUAUUAUAUAAAGAAUAAAAAUAUAAGUAGUGUAUCAAUGUUCCAAGUUCAUGUAUUGGUUCUGAUGUUAUAAUCAAUAUUAUUUUGAUUUUAGAAAUAAGACAUUUCAUUUAUCUGUAUAUGUUUUCCUGACCAUUUCUGAAAUUGAAAAAAUAUAAGAUCUUUUGUCUUUGACCUACUAAAGUGAGGUUAAAGCUCAGAUCUUUUGUCUUUGACCUACUAAAGUGAGGUUAAAGCUCAGAUCUUUUGUCUUUGACCUACUAAAGUGAGGUUAACGCUCAGAUCUUUUGUCUUUGACCUACUUUAGUGAGGUUAAAGCUCUCAAAGGUUUUUUUCUGGUUUUCCUUACUAAGAAUCAAAUGAUAGUGUGUGACCAGGGCAUUAUUAUUAUUAAAGCUGUCGUAUUAGAGUUACCGGUAUCAAUUUUCUUUAUAAUGAUGGGAGUUUUUAACGACUUUACUGCCCUCUCAACGUCAGUAAUUUUUUUGUUCAAACAUUCUGCUUGAGAAUAUAUAUUUAAUUUUCAUUACAGCACCAAGGGAAUGGAGGGAAUUCUUUGUUGACUUUAAUUACAGUGUAAAAUUGUAUUUGAUUCUUCUUGAUUUUUUCCUACCUCACACAAUUAUAAACUCAAUAAUUUAUUGAAGAUCAAUGCAGAACUCUCCAAUCCCCCAAAAGUCAUCCAGGACCAAAGUUGGUUAUUUCAGAGAUUCUGGAAUAGCCAGUUUAAUGUAUAUCUGUAUUAAACUAAAAUGUAAAUAUUUUUAACAUAUAGUUUGUUGAAGUGUAACAGAAUUAGCUUGAAGUAUAUUUACUGCAUAAUGCUAUCCGUGCUUAAAAUAAGAGUAAAUAUAUUGUGAUUGAAAUACGUUUUAUUAUCAUCUGUCAUGGAAUUGUUGUUUCCUUGUGUUAUUAAAAUUAUGUGAUACUA